AGCACAGUUAGUGAGCUGCAGGCAAAGGUUCCGAUGCGUCUGUUUGUAGUGCUAAGUGUUUGCGUGGCUUUGGCCUCCGCCGGAGGAUACGGUGGUGGCGGAGGAGGUGGUGGUGGAGGAUACGCCGGGUCCUCCGCUUCCUCGUCUGCUUCAGCCGGUGCGAUUGGAGGCGGUAAACUCGGCGGAGGCUAUGGAUCCGGAGGUCCAGGCGCCGGAGGUCCCGGCUCCGGAGGUCCCGGAUCCGGAGGUCAUGGCUCCGGAGGCCACGGAUCAGGUGGCUUCGGCUCUGGAGGAGAUUUCGGUGGAGGCCUAGGUGGCGGAUUCGGCGGUGGCGGAGCUGAUGCCUCGUCGAGUGCUGGAGCUGCUGGCGGUGGACUGUCAGGCGGUUCCGCUGGAGGUCCCUUCGGAGGUGGCGGUGGUGGUCAUUCCGGCGGUGGAGGCGAUAUCUUCGGCGGAGGUGGUUCGCUUGGAGGAGGACAUUCUGGCGGAGGAGGCUCUAUUGGAGGUGGCCAUUCCGGAGGAGGAAAUGGAAUUGUUGGCGGUCCUGGACUUGGAUCAGGUGGAGGAUUCGGAGGUGGAGGUGGACACUCCGGCGGAGGCGGAUUUGGUGGAGGAGAUGAUUCUUCAAUUGGACCUGGUGGAGGAUUGGGCGGCGGAAUCGGAGGAGGCGGACACUCUGGAGGUGGAGGUCAUUCCGGCGGAGGUGGCCUAGGUGGAGGAGGAUCAGGUGGAGGAUUGGGCGGCGGCGGAAGCUCUGCCUCAUCUUCAGCUGGUGCUAUUGGUGGCGGCCACGGAGGCGGUGGAAAGCCAGGAGGCGGCUUUGGAGGCGGCGGAGGACCGGGCUUCGGACCAGGUGGAGGAGUCGGCGGUGGAAUCGGAGGAGGAGGAGGACAUUCCGGAGGUGGAGGUCACUCUGGAGGAGGCGGACCCAUUGGAGGUGGGCCCGGAUUUGGUCCAGGACCAGGUUUCGGCGGAGGCUUUGGGCCUGGAAUUGGAGGCGGACCCGGUGGCGGACACUUUGGAGGAGGUCUUAGCGGCCACAAGCACGGAGGUCAUGGAGGCGGUGGCGGAUACAAAGGUGGACCGGGAGGCGGCGGUGGAUUUGGAGGCGGUGGCGGAGGCGGAGGCGGAGGUGGUGGCUAUGGAGGCAAACCUGGAGGCGGCGGUGGCUAUGGCGGCGGACCAGGCGGCGGUGGAGGUGGUGCCUACUCGAGCGCCUCUGCUUCUGCCAGUGCGUCUGCGGGUGCCGGCAGCGGAGGUGGCUACCAUGGCUAGAUGCAGUUACCCCAAGUCUAAAAUCCUGUAAUUCCCCAAAUCGAUUAAAGUAUUACGCCAAUUUCAAUAAAACGAAUACCUUUUUUACGACUUAACUAUA